AUGGUCUGUGUUGAGGAGAUGCCGUGGACUGUGACAAAUUCAUUCAAGCGAGGUCUCAUGAUGAAAACUUACGGGCGUCCGCUGUGGCGCGUAUAUGACGAUGACCAGGGACCCGCCGCCAAAAAAAGACGCGUCGCGUUAUCCGGCUCCGACUCGGAUGAGGCGGAGAAUAGUAUUCAAUAUGCCAUCCGAGAAUCAUCCGCUGCCGUGCUAUCCAGUCCAUCACGUCGCAACUCAGUCGUGCUUUCCGAAGGAACUCAGGAUGAUGAUCUGUCGACGCCUCCAUCGUCGCCCCCGCCACGUUUAAGCCCCCCGCCCGUUAAUACGCGAAAACCGACCUUUGCUUUUCUCAAGCGCAAGCACACUGCCACCAAAGAUGCUGCCGGUAACAGCACGCCUUUAACCGAGGUCAACUCCAAUAGUGUGCGUGCCUCGAUGGAUCCCCCAAAGAAGAAGACGACCGCUGCCGCCGCGACGACGACGACGACAACCACAACGACAACGACGGCGGCAACCACGGCAACCACGUCAACCACUUCAACCCCAGCGACACCGCAUUUGCAACAACCGGGCGCUUUGAAGCAGAUGCAGAUCGAUGUUGGUUGUGAGGUGCGGCGAACCUGUGCGACCUGCGGUAUGGAAUAUGUGCCCUCUAAUGCGGAGGACUCAGCUACGCACAAGAAAUUCCACGAAAUGAACUCGACUGGGGUGGAUCUGGGCAAGGCAUUCAUGCGCGCCAACGCAUCUCGUUGGGUUUAUGAAGCCACUCGCUUUGACGAGGGAUAUGUGGUCAUUGUCGAUCGCAAAGCAUCCCCAACUGCAAAGAACCAGGCCAAGAAGGUGCUCGAGGUCAUCUGCAAGGAGCUUUCUUCCCCCAUCAUCGAAGACGAAGUUCUAUGGAGCCAGACAGAGCCACCGGUUCACCUACGCAAAAAUGGCCCGACGGAGAAGAUUGAUCGCUACAAGGUCUUCUUACACAUGAAGGAUAGCCGCUGCGUGGGGGCCUGUUUGACCGAGCGGAUUUGGGAAUCUCGACCGAUCCAGAAAUCCUCCGCACCAGCCCCAGGCACCACCGACUCCUCGGUCACGGUUCGCGACGAACACCACCCGGCUAUCGUGGGAAUCUCUCGGAUCUGGACUUCGGAAUCCUCGCGUCGCAAGGGAAUUGCUAUGGAUUUAUUGGAUUGUGUGGUCAGCAACUUCAUCUACGGCAUGGAAAUCCCCAAGGAACAGAUUGCCUUCAGCCAGCCGACCGCGAGUGGCAAAGGUCUGGCGCAGUCCUUCUUUGGUAACGACGAGUGGCACGUGUAUGACGAGCAAUGA